AUGACAGAGCAAGCAGCCAAGCGCCUCAAAACCGACGGCAUCUCCAUUGCCACCCACAAUGGCCACUUCCACGCCGAUGAGGCCCUAGCUGUUCACAUGCUCCGUCGCCAUGUGCCCGACUAUGCAAGUGCCAGCCUGGUGCGCACCCGCGACCCCGCCAAGCUGGCCGAGAGCCACACGGUCGUCGACGUGGGCGGCGAGUACGACGCAGACAAGCUGCGUUUCGACCACCACCAGCGCGGCUUCACCACCACGUUCCCGGGCCGGCCCACGAAGCUGUCCUCGGCAGGCCUGGUGUACAUGCACUUUGGCCGCGGCAUCAUCGAGCGCAGUGUGACGAGCCAAAAGGUGGCGGACUCCGAUGUCGACCUGCUGUACAACAAGCUGUACAGCGGCUUCAUCGAGGCCCUCGACGCCCACGACAACGGCAUCGACGCCUACGACCCGGCCGAGCUUGCGGCGGCCAACGGCGGUGCAGGCAUUGCUAAACGGUACACGGACGGCGGCUUCACGCUCGGCGCCGUGGUGGGCCGCUACAAUGCGCAGUGGAACGACGCCGACGAGGACCAGGCGACCGAGGACGCGCGCUUCGAAAAGGCCAGCGCGCGCAUCGGCGAGGAGUUUGACCGCGAGCUGAACUACCUGGUCAGCGGCUGGCUGCCGGCGCGUAGCAUUGUCAAGGCGGCGUUUGACGCGCGCAGCGAGUUUGACACCGAGGGGCGCCUGCUGGUGUUCCGUGACCAGUCGUGCCCGUGGAAGGAUCACCUGUACACGCUCGAGAGCGAGGCAGGCGAGGGGAGCAGCAAGGUGCUGUACGUACUGUACCCGGACAAGGAGGGACGGUGGCGCGUGCAGUGCGUGCCGGCGGCCAAGGACUCGUUUGAGAGCCGCCGGCCGCUGCCGGAGGCGUGGCGUGGUCACCGCGACGACGCACUCGACAAAAUCCUGGACGGCGCCGUGGCGCCAGGUGCCGUGUUCGUCCACGCGUCGGGCUUCAUUGGCGGUCACCGGACAUUUGAGGGCGCGCUCCAGAUGGCCAAGAAGUCUCUGGAGCUGUAA